AUGGCUUACAGUGCAAGGAUCGGGCCGUCCAUUCUCAGCAGUGACCUGUCCUGUCUGGGCAGUGAGUGCGUGAGGAUGAUGGAGUGUGGGGCAGACUACUUGCACCUGGAUGUCAUGGACGGGCAUUUUGUACCUAACCUCACAUUUGGUCAUCCUAUGGUUGAGUGCCUCAGAAAGACUUUGGGACAAGAGCCUUUCUUUGACAUGCACAUGAUGGUGUCCCGGCCAGAGCAGUGGGUCAAGCCAAUGGCAGCAGCAGGAGCUAACCAGUACACAUUCCACAUAGAGGCUUCGACCAACCCUGCAGCCCUCAUCAAGGACAUAAAGGAGAGUGGCAUGAAGGUGGGUUUGGCUAUUAAACCUGGUACAACAGUUGAAGAGCUUGCACCUUGGGCUAACCAGAUUGACAUGGCUUUAGUUAUGACGGUGGAACCAGGGUUUGGAGGGCAGAAGUUUAUGGAAGACAUGAUGCCCAAGGUGAUGUGGCUUAGAAACCAGUUCCCGUCACUAGACAUUGAAGUGGACGGCGGUGUUGGACCAGACACCAUUCACUGUUGUGCUGAGGCUGGAGCAAACAUGAUUGUGUCAGGCAGUGCGGUGAUAGGCAGUGAUGACCCUCGCUCAGUCAUUGCUCACCUGCGCUCGGUGGUGGCUGAAGCCAUUCAGAAACGCUCUUUGGACCGCUGA